UCGACCAGUCGAUCGCGCGCAACACGUCCGGUUGACGACGGCGGAUCCCGAUGCACACACGUCUCCGCAAUUUAAUAUUAUUAUUAUUAUUAUUAUUAUCAUAAUGUUCUGACGGCGCGAUACCACAACACACUGUACCUAUCGCAUGAUAUUAUUAUCAUAUUAUUAUUAUUAUACCGUCAGGACGUCGUUCCGGUAAUCGCGAUCCGCUACGCUCGUUUUGCGUGUGUUUUUUGUGUUUGUGUGUGUGUGUGUGUGUGUGUGUGUGUGUAGAACGAUGAAGAUAUCAUAAAGCCGUCGUCGCAUUAUCUUACGGUGGUGUAAACACACACCGCAUCAAUCGUUUCGCGUGCGUUACUGCAACCCGUUUGGAAAACUUCGCUCGGAAAACGGUUUUUCGCCCCCCCCCCCCCCCCCCCCCCCGUCCGUCCGUGAUAUUAUAACUUGGCAGCUAUACCGUUGGCCGCGGCGCGUCGACGGUGUACCGGAACUCGAUUUAUCCAAUAACACACCGUACACGGUACAUAUAGGCCUACCUCGGACAGGGGUAUACUAUGAUGAUGUUGCAGAACCCGCUGUUCCAGGAGUACAACACCGCUCUGUCGCAGUUGCUCGAGCUGCACCAACAGCAACACCGGUACCACAACCACCACCAUCACCACCACAACCACCAUCAGCAACACCAACAGCACCACACCAACAGACAACUGCAGCUGCACCGCGCGCCCGGAAACGGAUCGUCCGCCGCCGCGGCAGCAGCCGUCGCCGCCACGGCCGCUGGAGUUUUCCAGAGUUACGCGGGCGGCGUGAGGACGGCCAGCCGGGACAGCGCCGAGUCGGACGGGCUGAGCUCCUCGUCGCCCAGACCGUCCAAGCCGUUCACCAUCGACGCGAUACUCGGGCUUCAAGCUGGCGCCGUGGGCCAGUCUGCCUCCGUGACCGCCAUGGACCCGUCGAACGCGGGCCCGGUCACCGCGCUCGACUUUUCCACCGGUUCGGCGGCGGCGGCGGCUCACGGAAAAAAACUCCGCGAAGACAAAAUUGAAGGUUCCAGUAAAAAACACGGUUGUUCUGGUAAAUCUAAAAGAGUACGAACAAUAUUCACUCCGGAACAAUUAGAAAGGUUAGAGAUGGAAUUCGAACGUCAACAAUACAUGGUGGGUCCUGAAAGACUAUACUUGGCUCACACUUUACAGCUGACAGAAGCACAAGUUAAAGUUUGGUUUCAAAAUCGUAGAAUAAAAUGGCGGAAACAACACCUGGAAAUACAACAACAGAGGUUGGCUAAUAUACACCAACGGAGUACACAGGGAAUGGUUCAGGAGUGUGAAGAAGACGAGGAUUCGGAAACAGAAACGAAUAAUUGUUCAUAUUACUCAUAAAACUUUUAAGGAAAAUAAUAUGUAGGUAGUUUCUCAUAACUCGUGUGUUUGA